UAUAUAAUAUGAAAGCGCAUUUGUAAAAAGAGAAAAAAAAGUCAUAUAUUAUUAAAUAGUGAUUAUUAAUUUAAGGUUUGCUAACCUUUUUGAUGACCUUUUUGACAAAGUAACAGGAAAAAAUGGAAAUAAAUAACGAGAUUAUUCUAUUGAGACAAUCCGUUCGUCAAGCUCGCAUUUGUGUAAUAAAUAAAUUAAUUAGAGAAGCGAAAAGGUUACGUACUAAUAGUAACGAAAAGCAAUUGGAAAAAAAUAAGAAUAAAGCAGAGAAACUUUUAAAGGAAGUAUUUGCAUUAAAACAUAUCAAAGAUGAUGAAAUAUCAAAAUUCGGAAUUGUUAAGUUCGAAUAUCUGCAGAAUAUAUUACAAAAUCCACAGACUGAUGAUGGAACUCGAGCUAUGAUAAAAGUUGUUCGUCAUAAAUCUUUAAGUUUGAGAAUAAUAGAAUUUCAGAAAAAAUUUCCAGAUUAUAGUAAAUAUAUUUCUUGGAGAAAAAAAAAAUCUUCAAUAAAAGGAAAAAAAGGAAAUUGUUAUACAGAUUUAGAGAAAAAUUCAAAACGAUUAAAAAAUGAUGCAAAUAACAUUUUAAAAAAAGAAAAAAAACAAAACUGUUUUACAGAUUUUUCAGAAAAAAAUUUAAAACAAUUAAAAAAUGAUUCAAGUAAUAUCAUAGAAAAAAUAAAUAAAGAGAAUAUGAAAGAUGCAGACAAUAAUUGUACUGCUUAUAUACAACAAACAACAAAUGUUGAAGAAAAUAAUGAUAAUUCGAUGAAAAAAUCAAAAAUUGAAGAUAUAGAAAUACAAUCUAUAAAUAAUGAUCAAAGUUUUAAGAUUACUACUAAAGUCAUUAGUAAUGAAGCCACUGUUAAAAGAUUUACAGAAAUUUUACAAGAAACAAAAGAACAAAAUUAUAUAUGUAAAGAUACUGAAAAUCCACAAUCUUUUAACGAAUCCAUGGAAUUCAUAGAUUCAUCAACUAAAAUAGAUGAUUUCUUUCUACCUGCAAAUGAAGUAACUUCAUGUUCAAAUGAAACACUUUUUUCUAAAGAGAAAAGCAUGCGUAGUGAACAAAUUAAUCACGUAUUUAAAUCACGAAAAAACAUUCAAAUUGAAAACAAGAAUAAAUUAUAUAGUAAAAAAAUAAGCAAAGAAAAAAAGCAUAGUAGAAAACAAUUUAUAAACAAUGCAGGUUUUCACAAUCCAAAUGAUAUGAUAGAAAAAACUAAUACAUAUAGAAAACAAAAUGAAAAAAAUAUACAAAUUGGAAAAAAAAAGAAAAUCAAUAAAGAAAGCACAUGUAUCGCAGAAGACGAUAAUUUACAUCCUUCUUGGGCUGCAAAAAAAAAACAACAAAAUAUUAUGAAACAAGAAUUUCAAGGAAAAAAGAUUAAAUUUGAUGAAGAUUAAAAAUGGAUAAUGAAUUUCAAUAUUUAUAUUAAAUACAUUUUUUUAUAUAUAAGAUUAAUAUCAUCAACAUUAGUAAAAAAAAAAAUACAUAUGUUCAAUGCAUUUUUCAUGCUUUUUUUCUUAAUGAUAAAAAAGCAUUUUAUUUAUUAAAUUAAUAACUAGUAUGUAAUAAAAAAAGAAUUAAUAUUUUAAAGUAAAAUUAAUUUUUUUGUAAAUUGAAUGUAGUUCAAAAUUAUUAUUAAGUCAUUAAUAACUAUAGGAUAUUGUAUAUUUUUAUUUUUAUUUAAAUAAUUUAAUUUUCAUACAAAAUGAGUAAGAUAUUUCAUAAAAGUCAUAUUGUAAUUGAAAAUGUAUUUUCAAUUAUAUGGGCGUCCAGCGCUUAAAAAUGAUUUUUAUAAUUUCUGUAUGACCAGUUUGUUACAAUGAUGAUUCUAUUUUUCUUUCUUUCUUUCUGUCUCAACAUAUAUUAUAUUCGUUGUUAGUUAAUUGAUCUUUAGAUCCAUCAUAUUAAUGAGGGUUAUAUAGGAACAUCAUAUAUAAUGUAUAUCAACGUAUAUCAAUGUAUUUUGAGGCAUAUCUAUUGAUUGUAGUCGACGAUAAUUGCAUUUUUCAUUAAACAAUUGAGAAUA